AUGGCAAUCAUCCCUUUGCUCUGCUGGAUCAUAUGGCAACAAGCUGAUGCUCAGCUGCAUCAGUGGACGGUCCAACGUGGUGGAUCAGGAUGGGACAUAGCUCAAUGCCUCCUUGUGGACUCGUCCGGAAACAUCGUGGUGGGUGGAAAAACAUCGAGCUCCUUGGAUGGAAACAGCAAUGCGGGUGGAGAAGACAUCUUUUUGAUGAAGUUCAACGAUGAAGGCACUCACCAAUGGACCGUUCAACACGGUGGCUCAGACGCUGAUGGUGCUCAUGCCCUCCAACUGGACUUGUCCGGAAACAUCGUGGUGGCCGGAUUUACAAAGAGCUCCUUGGAUGGAAACAGCAACGCGGGUGGCUUUGACUUCUUUCUGAUGAAGUUCACCGGCGAAGGCAUUCGCCAAUGGACGGUUCAACAUGGUGGAUCACAUGACGAUGCAGUUUAUGCCCUCCAGCUGGACGGGUCCGGAAAUAUCGUGGUGGCCGGAAGAACGAUGAGCUCUUUGGAUGGAAACACCAAUGCGGGCGGCCUCGACAUCUUUCUGAUGAAGCUCACCGGUGAAGGCAAUGUCCAGUGGACGGUUCAACGAGGUGGCGCAGGCUCUGAUGAAGUUUUUGCCCUCCAGCUCGACUGGUUCGACAAUGCCGUGGUGGCCGGAACAACAUCGAGCUCCUUGGAUGGAAACACCAAUGCGGGCACAUUCGACAUCUUUCUGAUGAAGUUCAACGAUGAAGGCAGUCACCAGUGGACGGUUCAACACGGUGGAUCACUUGACGAUGGUGCCCGUGCCCUCCAAUUGGACUGGUCCGGACAUAUCGUGGUGGCCGGAUUUACAAGGAGCUCCUUGGAUGGAAACAGCAAUGCGGGCGGCCUUGACAUGUUUCUGAUGAAGUUCACCGGUGAAGGCAAUGUCCAGUGGACGGUUCAACGCGGUGGCUCAGCAUAUGAUGAUGCUUUUGCCCUCCAGCUCGACUGGUUCGGAAAUGCCGUGGUGACCGGCUACACGGAGAGCUCCUUGGAUGGAAACAGCAAUGCGGGCGGACAAGACAUCUUUCUGAUGAAGUUCAAUAGCGAAGGCCUUCAUGAGUGGACGGUUCAACGCGGUGGAUCAAAUCAUGAUUUUCCUUGGGCCCUCCAACUGGACUCGUCCGAAAAUGCCAUCGUGGCCGGACGUACACAGAGCUCUUUGGAUGGAAACAUUCAUUCGGGCCACCAUGACAUGUUUUUGAUGAAAUUCAACAUCCCCACCACCACCACCACCGUCACCGCCACCAUCACCACCGCCACCACCAUCACCGCCACCAUCACCACCAUCGCCGCCACCAUCACCACCACCACCCCCAUCACCACCACCAUCACCACCAUCACCACCAUCACCACCACCGUCACCACCGUCACCACCGUCACCACCGUCACCACCGUCACCACUGCCACCGCCACCGCCACCGCCACCGCGAUCGCAACCACCGACGGCGCCAGCGCCAGCGCCAGCACCACGGGUGCUAGCACCGCCAUCCCCGCCACCAACGCAACAUUGGGAUGCGAUGCUCCCGUUUGGGCGAAUCCCCCGCUUUUGGUAAACUUUGAUCCUGCGAAUGGGGCCUUCGGGGUUCUGCCUGGAUCGGACUUCGUGUUCACCUUCGACAAGGGGAUAGCGAUUGCUCAGGGCAACUGGAGCAUCACACUUCUUGAGACUUUGGGGAAUUCCGCUGGGCCUGAUGUGCCUUUAAGGGUGAUUGCGGAUAUUGCCCUGGACUCAGCAAGAGUGAAGAGUGUGGGGAAAGUCUUAACCGUCCAGCUGGCUCCGUUCACCAGCAAGGGUUCCACAUAUUCGCUGGAAAUACCGGCCUGUGCCAUUAUUGACACCGCUGGAUACUCAUUUCCGGGCUUGCUCGAAGGAACUUUGUGGUUUCACACCGCAGUGGACGUAUUCAUCGUGCCUAUCUCUGGGUCCUUUGAUGUCAGCGUGGGAUCUCCAGAAGGAUUUGUCCAGGAGCCGGCUUUACCAAAAAUCCUGGCAGAUGCGCUGGGCGGCUUGUGGGGCUGGGCGGUCGUGCACGUGAACCUCACCUUGGCACCCGUGGCAGGACGAAGGCUGGCAUCCCUUGUCCAGGUGGACUUUCUUGCCGAAAAGGCCUUGGGAUCCGCAGAAGAUGCUGCGCAGCACGCGUCGGACUUUGCCAGCAGUCUCUCUUCCGUGGGCUCGACCGAACUCAUGGACCGCAUGAACGAAGCCAUCGCAGCAGGGCUUUCGUCCAGGUGGACGGACUUCGCCAUUACUGCUGUGAGCACCUUUGUUGCCGAAGCCUCUCCAACUGCGCCGCUUGGCGCCACCCCGAGUACAUCCUCAUCAGCCUCGCAAGUCUCCCAGAGGGCCCCGGAUGCGGCAGGCGGUGCGAGCGGCGUGAGCGGUGUGUUGGUGGCCAUGGCUGUGGUGGCCUCACUUCUGGCGUGCGGACUAGCGUUUGUUGCCUGGUGGUGCUGCUGGCAAAGGAGUGCGAGCCAGGUGUCGCCGGAGGAGGUCAACUUCGACAACGAUGCCAACUGUGAUUCCUCAGAGAAGGAGCACCUGGGCGAGAACCCCUCUUCCCUCCGCAUCGUGGCUGACGGGGGGGAGCCAUCGGCACCUCCUGAGAUCAAGGCCACGGUCAAGGUUCGCCAUGAAGGGACCACAGCCCAAUCGCCUCAGAAAGUCAAGGCCACGGUCAAGGCUCGCGAGAAGACUGGAGCCCAGGGCCACGGGCUGUCUUUGGAGCCGCCCGUGGCCUGGUCGCCGCAGACGAUCUCUCAGGGAUGGAGCGUGAUGCCCUUGGACUCAGACACGUUGGAUCGGGUGAAGCAGCUCUUCGUGGUCACCAUGCCGCAAGAGCUAGGCAAGGGCCGCGAUGCGCAGAAGUAUGGCCGAAGCUACCAGAACCUUGAAGUCACCUGCGCGUGGCGCCUGGAGUACCCAAGCCAGUGGCUGAAGUAUGCUGCCGAGCGGAAUUCGGUCAACAUGAACAUGCAGCAGUUACGCCGCCAGGCGAUUCCUCUCCAAACCUGGACGAGCAAGCUGGAGGAAGCCUCCAAGAACAUGCCGGGGACGCUGCAUGCAGAGGUCGGGGAGCGGUUCCUGCUUCACGGCACGAACCCUGCGCGCAUCCUGGACAUCCUCCACCAAGGCUUCAGCGACAAGCUGGCGAGCCUCAACGGGAUGUUCGGUGCUGGAAGCUACGUCGCCGAAGACCCAGAGAAGAUUGACCAGUACACCACGCCGGAUCCAGGAUUCGAGGUGCCUGGAUUGGAGGAGCUCCACUCGCGCCUCUACCGGGCAGGCGGAAAUGCGCACCCAGGAGAAGACACCUUCUACUGCUUCCUGGUCCGUGCGGUCUGCGGUGCCUGCCAGGUGGUGGAAGGCCUUGACAAGGAUCGGCUCAGGGACGCAGAUUCUGGGACAGAGGUGUUUCUGACACCAGAUCGCCGCGUGCUGAGCCACAUUCCACACGCCUCGCCAUCCCUCUCCUACCAUACCUUGGUGGUGAACGUCGCGAAGCGCAAGGUUCCCGCUGGUGUUUACAGAUUCCGUGAGGUUGUCCUCUUCGACGGCAAUCGCAUCUACCCAGAGUAUCUCUUGGCCUAUCGCAGGAUCUAA